UGGAUCUGGUGCUGGCCAAGCAGUGGAGAGGAGGAGAAAAGCUUUGGAAGGCAUAGCAGAGAACGAGAGAGAGAGAGAGAGGACAAGUGAGAGCUAUGAUGAUGGCGAAAGGAGACACCAGAAAGGGCCCCUGGACGGAGCAGGAAGACCUCCAACUGGUAUGGUUUGUGGGCUUGCUCGGUGAACGCCGUUGGGAUUUCUUAGCAAAGGUGUCAGGUCUUAAUAGGACAGGAAAGAGUUGCAGGUUGCGUUGGGUUAAUUACCUUCACCCCGGUCUCAAACGCGGCCGCAUGACUCCCCAGGAAGAGCACCUCGUGCUUGAACUCCAUGCCAAAUGGGGCAAUAGGUGGUCUCGUAUUGCUCGGAGACUACCCGGCCGCACCGAUAAUGAGAUUAAGAACUACUGGAGGACCCAUAUGAGAAAGAAAGCACAAGAACGGAAUAGAAGCUCUCCCCCUCCGUCACCUUCUUCGUCGUCGAGUAAUCCUUCCUCCCCUCUCGUCAGCGAUCCUCCAUCGGAAGAAGCUGGGGAAGGGAAGCAUGAGCUGGAUGGCGUCGCAGAGGGUACCUCUUCGAUGACAUGGUUCGAAGAGAAUGAGGAAGGUGUGAAGGGUUACCCCAUGGAUCAGAUUUGGAAUGAGAUGGCCUCAUCCGAGCUUAUCAGUGAGCUGAUGAGCUUCGAGGGAUACAAGAACGAAGCUUGCAUUAGUGUUUCCUGCCCCUCGGUGCCCUCUCCUGUGUGGGACUAUUGUUCUGACUCGCUUUGGAAGAUAGAUGAUGAGGAGUUCAAGGUGCUCGCUUCCAUAGGAGACAACACGAUCAGGGAGUCCUAGAACCGAAAUGGCUAAUUUACUUCUCUUUCUACUCCUGUCCAUAACUACUGUCAGAUGUUUUAUACUGCAAUCUUAUAAGAAUUUAGUAGAACCCGUUGUAUGUCACAAAAUCAUCUCAUGUAUUGACUACCUUGAUAGCACUGUAACAGUUGUAUCCCUGCUUGCUAUAUAAUAGGGCUUGUUAUCAAGCUAACUUUCUUUGAAAACUCAUCUUUCAAGGAAAGAGUACUACAAUCCUCAUGCUGAAUUGACAUUCCCUUGUUCGCUUGGCUUUA